ACGUCAACGUCUACCCAUGGUUCUCAGAGGGGGCAAAUUUGAAGGGGCCUUUCAUGCGCCGGGAGCUUGGUUUUCCAAUGAUGUCAGAGGUGAGGUCUGAACGCGGUGCCCUGUGGUCUGAUGCCGAGACCCUGGCGCUGAUCGCCGUCUGGAGCGAGGAGAAUGUGCAGACGGCGCUGGACGAGCAACUCAGGAACAGCCACGUUUUUAAAUUCAUCUCCUCGCAGCUGCUGGACCAGGGUUACAUCCGCACCCCGGAGCAGUGCCGCAUCCGUAUCAAGGGGCUGAAGAGGAAAUACACCCUGGCUAAGGACAGCAUCAAGAGGGGCUGUAGCGCCAGUGGGAGGAAGAUCUGCCGCUUCUACGAGCAGCUUGAUGUGGUGCUCGGUUCUCGGGUCGCCAAUGAGCGGCCCGUACUUAUGGACGCAAUCGCGACAACGGGUGAGUCGCAGGAUAUCAAAGAGGAGCAGAGCAGUCCGCACUCCGAUAUCAGUCAAAGGGUUGAAUGCCGGAAUGGCCAUUGUUCUUCCGAGGAGCCCGAUCACUUGUUGGGGGAGACCAGCAACCGGCAGUUUGAACCUCAACCCUCUACCAGUGCUUUCUGUACUCCCCGUGUGCGACGUGCCCAUUCAUCUGUGCCACUUAAUCCUCAGCCCAAGAAAGCAAAGAAACACUCACUGGAGGACAUAAUGGAUGGUAUGAUGGAGAAGUUCAUUCGCUAUAGUGAAGCUGCUGAUGAAAAAUUUCUUCGUUACAUGGAGGCAUCAGAAGAACGGUUCGCUCGUCUUGAGCAACUCCGUAUGGAAAUGGAGGAAAGGAUGAGACAAAGUGAUAGAGAACAUGAAGCUCGUGUUUUAUUCAUGUUGGGACAGAUGAUGGGCCAUAAUAUGACUGACUUUCCCUCCACCUCGUCAACUGCUGAGGGUGAAAUAACUGAAAGGAAAGUAUUUUAGGUCACGGUUAAAUUCACUGCCAACUUAUUCACUUAAAAAUGAAGUUGUAUCUUUGUAGCGCAUUUUUAUUUUAUAUACAGUAUGUUUUCUGAUGUCACUGCGUACAGGUUCAUAACCAAAAUAUUUUUUAAUUGUUGAUAAGCUUGCAUGUUGAGUGGUAAACAAUGUUGUUUGGAAAAACUAUUUAGAGCAAUAGCUCAACAGUAAACCAGCCAUCUCCUUGUUGACUAAUUUCUGGGGUGGGAGUACUGCAGGGGAGUGGUUUUAGUGCAAAAAUUGAGUUCACUUUUAAAUUAACAUGAAGUCAGGAGGAAAUAUUUGUAGCAAUGCUAAUAUAAGACUUCAAAAAUAAGGUAACUAUAAAAUCAAUCACUGAUGUUCUUUCAUAUAACCCGAAGUAAGAGAUAAGACUGUGGAGAUCAAAUGACCCAAUGUGAUACUGGAAAUGUUGCAUUAAGUCCACUGCCCUGCCUUUGUUAUUUUCUUUUAUUUCACAGCACUAUUAGAAGUGGUUUGCUGCAGCAUAGCCAGUCAUUCAUUCUAUUGUUUCCCUCACAGCAGUUGUUAUAAGUAUGCAAUGCACUUAGCAGUCCUUCAAAAAAUGGAAAUGUUACAACACUAUGUAAAAGAGCAGUGUUCCAUAUUGAGUAAUAUAGCAUAUGGUACAGUAUUUUGUUUAACUGAAUCGUAACACCAUGAAUUGUGAAUGAGUGAAUGUGUUUUUUUGAUUAAAUGUGUAUGUUAUCUGUUUUUUGUUUUUUGGUAUUUCAGUUUUAGCAAAUGGACUCAACAUGGCCUUAAUGGGACCUUUCCCUUUGCUAAGUUAAAUGGCAUCUGCUCAAACCAGAAUGUUCACAAAUCGCCAUUACCUUAACAGAGGAUCCAGCCUUCUGUUACCUACAGAGCAAUAGCUAUUUGUUUCUAUUUUUAAGAAAUGGAAUUCUUAACAUUUUUAAAUAUCACUUUUACAGAGCCACCUUACUUUGGUUUUUAAUUUUUAGAUGAUGUCAGAAGUUCUGAAUAAUUAGUUUGAAUUAAUGCUGUAAUAGCCACAGAUAAGGAUGUGCAUUUGAUUUGAGAUGCACAUGUUUCAACAUUGGCCAUUGUGAAAUUAAAUGGAGCUAAUGUUGCUUUAAAAAGGAAUUAAUAACUCCCAGGGACUUGUAAUGAAAGAUUUAAUUUUUUUACCCAAAAAACAAUAGUACAACUGUAUAUAAAUGCGUUUCUUGACAAGAUAGGAGUCUUGUCAACUGUUGUCAAAAGGAGUUACAGCUGAGCUGUUCUGUCCCAGUUGAGAUAAUCUUGACAAGAAACCUGAAAGCCUUAAACAUAAUUGGUAGAUAGUGAUUUCUCUCACAGACAUCAUUUGUAAAUUAAUCUUAGCAUUGGGUUGUGAAUGAGAGGUGCUAGUUAAUGAACUGUAUUUUCAUAUAAUAUACUUAUCAUAAAUAUUACUAGUUUAAGGUGCUGAAUGCAAUUAAACUGAAAAAUGUUAUGUUAACUGGUUACUGGGGUAGGACAAUGUUUGUGUUCGAUUACUAAUCCCUCCUGACAAAAGUAUGCUUUGUAGUAUGCUUGGAAGACACAAUUGUUAAAAGAUGCUUAAUACUGGUGGUUACAAAUAACUUAUGUGCAGAAGCAUGUGCAUAUUUUAAUACCAAGUUUAUGAUUAUAGAUUAUUUUAGCUUGUUUACUUAGUUACUGUAAUUUCAUGCCAAUAAGUUUCAGUCUGUAUACUUAAUUCAUAUCCUUCCCUUUUAUAGAUGCUUUCUACCCACAGGCACUCUUGUUAGAUCACAGAAAGCAUUAACCAAAGAGAAGUGUUAUGAUCUCCGUAGAGACCAUUAACUUUUAAAAAUAAAUUUGAACUUCCAGCUAAUAGCUGAAAAGAUGACAAUACGCAAUUUCACACGUUAAGUCAUUUACUGUAGCAAACAGACUAAAAGCACUCUUAACUAAUUGCUUCCUUUUGUAGACAACUUAAACUUUAAACAACAGACUUUAAAUACAACCAGAAAACACGCCUCACAGAUAUACUUUACAUUGUACUUUAAGUAGAUAUUCAAUUGUCCCGAAACCAGUGAUUCUUUGCUCCCUUGGGUUUACUUCUGUUUUUGUCCUUUCUCAACCUGGGAGCUUCUAACCUCAGAACUGUCUUUGAACGUGAGGCUUUCCCCCGGAGAUUCUUUCUCUAUCUAAGUUAGGCAAAUCUUCCAGUCUUGUUUUAACUCCUCAUGAAUUUGGUCUUUCCAAUCAGAGCACCACCUCCCAUCUGCAUUCCUAUGUGGUGAAACACAGUGUCUUGCCACCUAUAUCUGCUCUCCUUCUCCCUGAAAAGACUAGCCCUGUUUGUGAGUUUUCAAGUAUAUCUUAGGCCCUUUCCCUCUCAAAGCCCAUCUCAAUGGCAAUGUGAAUCACAUGGGCCAUGUAUCCAGCUAGAAAUGCCGAUGAGCUCUUUGUGAGACUCUCAUCUCUGUUUAAUCUUGGAGGUAAAUGCACAGUUUAAAUCACAACUGAUUACAACCUGAGGUUCUCAACACAUUUCUGAGACCUUGAAGACACAUAGUCUAGCCAAUGUCAGCACACCGGCUCCUGCCAUUGUCUCCAAGUGUAAACGCCUUGAACCUUCUUCCCAAUAAAACAAUCUGGGCCCCCUUUAAUCUCUAACAAUCAAACCACCCAGGCUUGCUGUCAGGCAGACUUCAGAACAUAUUACAUGACCACCUUCAUUUUACCUUUAAUUAAAGACAGUCCCAAAAUUUAGCAGUUUUAUAAACCUCAUAAUUGUAAAGCCAUUUUUGUUUACUACCUUUAACCAUACAAAUAGAAGAUUAGUUUUUUCCAUUUUGAAGAAUUUUUAUUUUUUGUGGAAAAUUGCAGCGACAAUUUUGUCCAUGUAGGGUGAAAAUAGGAACAGAUGAAAAAUAGAACAGAUUCAGAUGUCUAAAUUAUAAAUAUAACACAAUUAUCAUUUAAGAAAAAGAACAAGUCCUUGUGGAUGUAUUGAGUGCAAAAUUCAUUUGAACUUAGAACAACUGAAAUGAAUGAUCUAUCCCACAAACUGUGAAUAGAUCCACGGUGGGAGAGGAAUCCUUUCUCUUUCACUUUGAAGUAUUUUUACAAUUUUGUACAGUAGAAUAGAUUGUUACUGAAGUAAAAUAAAAGCUUAAUGUUGAAAUUUGGUUUCACAGUGUGAUCCAUUUUCAGAACGUAGAGAUCAUGCAAAGAGUCAACCAAGAGAGAGAAAUAACAGGAAAGGAAAAAAAGAAAGUUGUUCCUAGUAUGUGAGCUUUAUCAUGGUAAAGUAAAAGGUGUGCAGUGCCGAGUGUUUUUGAGAUAUAAUUAGCAAAAUGUUUUCUUGUUUCUUUGAGACUUUUGUUUCUUCACUUGCAUAAUCCCAUAGAUCUAUUUUUUUAUGUCUUAACUGCAUUCACUCUAUUGUACAGAAAAUAUUAAGACUGGGAAGUGGCCUGAUUUCAGGCCCCUACUAGUUUUGUUGAGUGGUUCUCAUGAAAUUAGUGUGGGUUGACUCCACCUUCUAGGAAGCUUGCCUGAGAUGGUUAUCUUUCUAUCAGGCAAUUAUAAAAAAAACAAUCUCUUAAGUACUGUGUGCUAAAGGCCUGAGGUAAAGGUAAGAUGCUCCGAACAAGCUAUACACUUCUUUCAUUUUCUUUCUUCCCUUUUGUUCUAUUGUUCCUUUCCUAUUGUUUAUCUUCUCCAAUACACAUUAACUCCUGACAACAGAAAUUCAGAAUUCAACAGAGAUAACAAGACAAAACUAAAAAUACCUGGAAAAACUCAGCAGGUCUGACAGCAUCUGCGGAGAGGAACACAGUUAACGUUUCAAGUCCGUAUGACUCUCUGUUGAAGACUCUCUGUCAGACCUGCUGAGUUUUUCCAGGUAUUUUUAUUUUUAUUUUUGUUUUGGAUUUCCAGCAUCCACAGUUUUUUGCUUUUAUCUUCGAGAUAACAAAAGUUGUGGUAAAUGCUGUUGGACUGGCGAAUAUGCCCAGCUGGAGCUGCACACAAAAUUAGUUUCUAUUUAAAUUUGAGCAUUGAAGUUGACUCCAAUGAUUGGAAAUGUGAGGAGGAGGAGGAAACUCCUCAACAUUUCUGAUCAAUGUUGAGUUUCAAGUCAAUGAAGUGCACUAAUUACAAUGGAGAUGAAACAAUUUGGAAUAGAAUGUAGCACCUAUCAUUUAUUUAAAUGAUCAUAAAGCAACUUCAGAAAGUUUCCAAAUUAUGCUUUCCCCUCUGAUGCCUUUCUUAAAUUCACAAGUCCCAGUUGAUGCUUAAGUAAUUUUAUAAGUCCUAUUGUGUUGCAGUUUCAAAUUACCUUUGAAAUCUGUACAUUUCUACUUUAUUCAUUGUACCUUGCAAUAUUUGUUCUUAAUACACAUGGCUUUUUUGGAGGGAGAGGUAAAUUAUUUUAUGAACAUUAGUUCUAGUUCUGGUGUGUGCAACUAUAAUGCAGAAAUAUGUUGAAUGAGAUACUCUGGGUAUAGUGCCUUAUAGUUACUGAAUCAGUGCACUGAGCUGUAUUUCAAGAUUGUUCUGCCAAAUCUUUUAUCCCAAGCAUUGUUUAAUUCCUUUUUUAGUUUUAGAUCUUCCCCACCCCCAAAAAAUUCAACUUUCUAGCACCAUACUAAUAGGUCCAUAUUUACCAAUUCAUGGAUUUAAGCACUCUGUAAGAUGCCUAGAAAUGAAUACAUCCACUGUUAGACAUACUACUAGGUUACCAUGGCUUCUGCCUGCUGUUUACUGGGACUUUGAAGGUAGUUGAUUCUGGAGCUGAAGGAGGAGCUUUCUGCAGAAUUGAGCAAAUGAAGCCUUUAUUAUCUGACUAUUGUUUCAGCUACUGUUUAAGUCAAUUUUCCAUAUUUCUUUAUUUACAAUGAAUUGUGGCUUAAAUACGUGGUUCAUUCUCCGGCUGUUGCCGAGAAAUUUUGCAUUUAUUUAUUGAAGGAGUUGAUUGGAUAAUACCAUCAUGCAUUGAUACUUUCAUGAGAUUUUUUAACAUUAUUAAUAUUGAAUACAGGACAUCAUGUCAUCUAGAUCAGACUCAAACAUGGGUUAAAAUGGAGAAUGUCAACAAUUUUAAGUUAAAAAUUUUUCUGUAACAGCACAGGUUUCCUUCACCUUGUGAAUCUUGCUUCUCAGGUUAUGUCUUGUUUCAAGCUCUGAAACAGAUAAGCAGCAAAUGUCUCAGUGGCCUCAGAUAAUGCUGCUCUCUAAGAAUUGAAGCUGAAACAUGUCCCAAGUUACAACCCACUUCCUCCUUCCCGAUGCUUAUUUCACCUCAUUAUUCAGUAUUAUAUACAAUGACCCAGCCAAGAUCAGCAACUUGCCAUCUAAAAGAAGCCCGUAGCUAAUUGGAAAAUUGACUUUUUAAUUGCUACAAAGGGAUUAUUUAUUUGUUAACUUUUACACAACUAAUCUGUGUAAAGUAUUACACGUUUCAAAUUUGCUGUAAUUGAUAUUUUGAUUAACCGAAAUAGGAAGUAUCUUCAUUCCAUUUCCCUUGGUUUUACCAAUUUGUGUGGAAAACUCACCACUGAUUUAAAAACGUUUCCCGUUCCAACCCAAACAGGUGUCUUUUCAUUCUGUUUACAUCACUAGAUCAUAAAAGAGCUCCUUGGUAUUUUUCCAAGUAAAAUUUCCUCAUCAGAAGUUUGUAUCAUGACACCAAGCUAUUGAUUUUCAUGUUUAUUGAUGUGUGGGGACAGUCCAGUAUUCAUUGUCUUAAGAAUGUUACCUUUAGUAUCGGUACAUAGAAAAGGAUAAGUUGCUUGGAUACGUUGUUACUGAUCUUUACCAUGUAAGCCUUAUAUUAAUUAUAGUUUACUGUAAGUUGGUAAUUGUCUGCUGCUUCAAUGUCUUCAUAUAGUUAUUAGAAAAGGUUACAAUUAUAAGAAAAUGAUGUGUUUGCACCUGUGUAUGGCUGUUAGAUCAGUUAUUCAAGACGUCACUCAAAUGUGGGCACUCAUGCUGCUAUUCUGUUAUCUGACUGGCUAACAUUCCAUUGAUUUUAAAAUGUAGUUGACAUUUUUUUGCAAAAUAGAUUUCAAUAUUAAUAGUAACCAUAUUGAAAAACUGCAGCUUUUAAAAUGAUUGUGUGUGUGUAUAUAUAUAUAUAUAUAUAUAUAUAGAUAUAUACACACACACACACACACAUAUAUAUACACAUACAUUUUUGUUUCUGUUAUGCCUUUUUUUUAAAAGGAAAUGUGAACAAUUUUGACACCUCUUUGUGUAAGCACUGAAAUGUUAUCAGUCCACCAUAUACUGAAAACUAUUACACCAGUAAUGUUGUCAGGAGUCUUCCACUUGGAUGAAGAUACAGUGGUACUUAUUAGCUAUAGAUCUUUCAAGUUAGUGAAAGAGCAAUAGUACCUACCUGUCACUGGUAUAUCAUCCUAGGUUUCUCCAAUAUGUUAUAAACUGGCAUGUGUUCUAAGAUUAUUCUAAUUGUGUUGUUAUUAUCAGUAUUGUUUCCCCAAAUACUGUAAAAAAUGUGACAAUAAGCAUUUGUUUCUCAAAUAAAAAAAACU